AUGGUAGUGGUCGGUGGUGUUGCGAGGCGGGGAAGGGGGAAGGCAGGGGAUGCGUCGAAAGGGAAAGCAGAGGACGGGAGAUGUGGUGAGGUGGUGGUGUUCGGUGGUGUUGGGGGUGUUGGGUGGCUGCGGCGGUGGAUGUUGGCGGUGGCACAACAGAGGGGAAGGGAGGAGAGCACGAAAGAGGAGCAAUGGAGGAAAGAGAGGAGGGAGGUGGCAUCUGGUUGGGGGGCGCAGCAGGGUUGCGCCGGAGGCGACGGUGAUGGUGGUGGUAGUACGAUGGGAGAGAGAGAGAGAGGAAGAAAGGGGCACGAAAUUGGCAAACUAGGGGAGUUGAGGGGGCGUUUUCUGGGCGGUUUUGGGAGGAGGGAGGGCGGUUGCCGGGGAUUUUUGGGCGGAGGUGAGUUUAGAAGGUGGUGCGGCGGUCGGUUGCAGUGUUUGCGUGGUUGGGUGGUGCGGCAGGGGCGAAGAAGGGGGGGGGGGAGGCAGGGGAAUGCGCGGGAGGAGGAGGAGAGCAGGGGGAAGUUCGGUGGGGCAUGGUGGUGUUUCUGGGUGGCCGAGUGGUGCUGGGGUGGUGGUCGAACCGUGUUGGUAAUGGUGGUGGUCGGUGGUGUUGCGAGGUGGGGAAGGGGGAAGGCAGGGGAUGGGUCGAAAGGGAAAGCAGAGGAGGGGAGAUGUGGUGAGGUGGUGGUGUUCGGUGGUGUUGGGGGUGUUGGGUGGCUGCGGCGGUGGAUGUUGGCGGUGGUGAUUUGA